AUGAGCAGAAAAGCUUAUCAUGCUGGUUCUUGGUAUACAGAUAAUGGUCCUCGUUUGAACAAAGAACUUAGUCAUUGGCUAGAAAAUGUCCCCGCUUCAACAGAAGACGACGUUCCUAUUCCAGUUCCUGGUGCUCGCGCGAUUAUUGCGCCACAUGCUGGAUAUUCUUAUAGCGGACAAGCUGCUGCAUUUGCUUAUAAGUGUAUCGAUCCUGCUUUUGUGACGCGCGUAUUCAUUCUCGGUCCUUCUCACCAUGCAUAUCUCACAAAAUGUGCCAUUUCAAAAUGUACCGAGUAUGAAACGCCUCUGGGAAAAUUGACUUUGGAUCUGGAAGUUAUUAAUGAGUUGCGAGAAACUGGUCAGUUUGAUGAAAUGUCACUUAGUGUUGACGAGGAAGAACAUAGCAUUGAGAUGCAUCUUCCAUACGUUUACAAAAUUUUGGAAAGCAAGAUUAAUUCUAUCAAAGUCGUACCAAUCUUGGUUGGCUCGUUAUCAGAAUCUAAAGAAUCUUUAUACGGAAAAAUUUUUAGUUCUUACCUUUCUGAUCCAUCAAAUCUAUUCAUUAUUUCAUCAGAUUUUUGUCAUUGGGGCCAACGGUUUUCAUACACUUAUUAUUCUGAUGAACCCAAUACUAGUAUUUAUCUCUCUCGUAAAUCCAAUACGUCUUUAUCAAUUCCCAUAUAUAAGUCUAUCGAAAAUCUCGACCGUGAAGGGAUGUCUAUUAUUGAAACUAUGAAUCAUAAAGAAUUUCACUCAUACCUUUCUAAAACAAAAAAUACUAUAUGUGGAAGACAUCCUAUUGGUGUACUUUUAUCUACUAUCGAUGCAUUGCAAAAUAGUCAAGAAAAAACUGUUGCUGAAAACAGUGAAAAUCCCAAUUUACCUUUUGAUACUACAAAACCAAGAAUCAGAUUCGUGCAUUAUUCACAGUCAAGUCGAGUUACUCGUGGAGAUGAUAGUAGUGUUAGCUAUGCUUCUGCAUUUGUUUAUUUACCAUGA